CGUUAAGACAGACGAUUUUGUUUUAUACUAGUUUCACAAACUUUUUUUUAACAAAUAGUGUUUUAUUUCUAUAAAACUACACAUUGUUUCAAUAAAUAUGAAUGACGAUCGAACCUGUUCGAUUCGAAUUUGUCAGGAUGGCCACGCAAAUGCCCUGGCAUUGAAUAGGGAAUGCACCCAAAUUGCUGUGGCAGGCAGAAGUCUUCUUAAAGUGUUCUCCAUCGAAAACGAUGGCUUCACAGAAGUUUGUAAUAUGCGCGGUGGGAAGAAUCAAAAUCUCAGCUAUUCUUCGAACGAUGUCGCCUGGAGUGCACUAGAUUCUAAUAUUUUAGCUACUGCGGCUACUAAUGGUGUUGUUUCCGUAUGGGACUUGUCUAAAUUUGGUCGUCAGAAACAAUUGUUGGUUUACAACGAACAUGAAAGAACUGCCCAUUCUGUAGCUUUCCAUGGAACAGAGGCCAAUUUCUUGAUAUCUGGCUCCCAAGACGGCACAAUCAAAUGUUUCGAUUUAAGAUCCGACAAAAUGGCCAUUAAUACGUACUUUAGUAAUUCUGAAAGUGUGAGAGAUGUCAAGUUUAGUCCACAUGCACCAAAUACGUUUGCGGCCGUAUCAGAAAAUGGUACGGUUCAGUUGUGGGAUAUACGGAAGAAUGAUCGUUGUACAUCUCAGUUUACGGCACAUAGUGGUCCCAUUUAUACAUGCGAUUGGCACCCCCAACAGCAUUGGUUGGCUACCGGAAGCAGAGAUAAACAAAUCAAGAUUUGGAAUACGAAUCCAAAAAAUUCCUCACUAGAGAAUCCAAAAAAUGUUUCAUUGGAAUAUAGCAUCCACACGAUUGCUGUUGUUGGUCGAGUUCGCUGGCGUCCAGACAAAAUGUACCAUAUCGCAAGCUGUGCUCUCGUUGUAGAUUACAGUAUAUACAUUUGGGAUGUCCGUCGCCCUUUUAUCCCUUAUGCAUCUUUCAACGAGCAUUCAAAUGUUACUACAGGAAUCGCUUUCAAAGGAAAUGAUUCCCAUAUACUGUUAUCAACCAGCAAAGAUUCUACUAUUUAUAAACAUGUAUUCAAGGAUGCAGUGCGACCGGCUUGCAAGGCAAAUCCGCAAGGAGCCAGUUUUAAUUUCAAAGGUGAUCUGCUAUAUGCCUACAAAAUGAAACUAGUAGGACCUCCAACUCCUCCGUUAGUACAAAAAACAAGUAUUCUGGGGAGUAGACAGAAAACACCUCCUUCGACAGACCAAUUUCAUCUGGCAAAGUCGAGUUUACACCAUUUUUUAACAAAAUCACCUGUGCCGAACUCCAAAGAUUUAACCAAAACGUCUCUACUAAAGGAUUAUUAUGCUUUGAAGGGUUGUGCUCGUGAAUAUAUGUUGACAGGUGCCACUCUAGCGGAGAUAUGUGCUCACAAUGCGACUAUUGCAAAAAAAUAUGGCAAGACAAAUGUUAGUUUUCUGUGGAACUUUAUUAGUCAAUUGUACGCCUACAGUUCAAUGGCUAGUCUCAAGUUGGAACAACGCAACUCCAAUGCAAGUCAGAAUCAUUCGAACCGCUUGAUGGCUCAAAAUUCUAACCAGUCUAGUACCGGAAGAACUGAUGAUAAAGUAGGAAGCAAUCCCAAUCUCGGGAAUGCGGCUACAGCAUCCACCUGUAACGAUGACUUUUUAGAUUUUCUGAACCCAAAAAGUGAUGUCAGCUCUAACAUAGCUAGCAAAGGUCAGCUUCUGUCAGUAGACAUCGAACCAAACUGUUGUGAUUUUGUGUUUGGUGAAACAGAACUAACAUUCGACAAUGUUAAUUGCAUAAAAGGAUUUCGGGAUGGGUUCCUUUAUACCGGACCCCAUGAUUUGAUCAAAGACUAUACCUUUCCAUCGUCAAAUCUGAUGAACGCCCAUGACCUACAUCAAGCACGUCCCAGAAAGGAACCGCGAUCAGAUAAUGCCUCCGAACAUUCACCACCACCGAAUCCUCCAUCAUUUUUGAAAAUUUCGGACAACAAUCCUGUUCAUCCUCCGCUCUGGGAGCCUCAUCAAGUUCUUGCCGAUUGUUUAACUUUGCAGACGGAAAUAGGGGACGUUCAGACCUCAACCUGCAUUUUGAUUGCCCUCGGUGAUCGUCGCCAUAGUUUACAAAUCGAUGAAAUCAUUCACGAAAAUUGGCUUCUCUCAUACAUCGAACUUCUUCAUCGCCACCAGCUGUGGAACGAAGCAACUCAAAUUAUCAAUUUGAGCUGGAUCCGAUCGGUGUCCGAUAUGAACCAGCAGUCAACUACGAUGCACACAAACUGUGGGGAUUGUGGGCGACCAUUGCUGAAUGUGGUCGGGUGGUACUGUUCUAAGUGUCGAUCAGCACAGAGCUCAAAGUGCAGUGUUUGCAAUGGUGUUGUGCGGGGGCUAUACGCCUGGUGCCAGGGCUGCUCUCAUGGCGGACAUCUGGAUCACCUCAAAGGUUGGUUCGCCAACAACCCCAAAUGUCCCAAAUGUGGUCAUUUGUGCGAGUAUGAGUAAGGUAAGAACUUUUUUAAAUUAUAUUUUAGAAGUAUACUAGAAAGAAUUGUAAUAUAA